AGCGGGCUUUAUUUGAGGCUGAUGAGUUUGUGUUUGGGGACCCUUGGGGGACCUGGGGGACGUUUGAAGACUCCUGGGAUGACCGAGCCGGAGAAGGGUCUGAGCCGCGGCCUGUGAGGGUCGUGGCGGCCUCGGGGGCGCGUAAGCAGAGACGUUACAGGUUGGGGACCCUUGGAAGGGUUUGUGAAGGGUAUUUCCGGGUCUGCCAUGGAGUUGGAGGCGAAGGACAAUGAAAGAGACUCUCAGAUAUGGCCCUUUGUGGGAGCCCGUUUGGAGUGAGGGAGAUGGAGGAUCACAGCUAGGGGACUUCCCGAGGUCCUGUCCCCAGGCUUCAGUGACUGGGCUUUCACUGGAGCGGAAGGUGCUGGAAGGCAGACUGGCCACCAUGUCCACAUUCAGGCAGGAAGAUGUGGAAGACCACUAUGAGAUGGGGGAGGAGCUGGGCAGUGGCCAGUUUGCAAUCGUGCGGAAGUGCCGGCAGAAGGGCACUGGGAAGGAGUACGCGGCCAAGUUUAUCAAGAAGCGCCGCCUGUCUUCCAGCCGGCGGGGGGUCAGCCGGGAGGAGAUCGAGCGGGAGGUGAACAUCCUGCGAGAGAUCCGGCACCCCAAUAUCAUCACACUGCACGACAUCUUCGAGAACAAGACCGACGUGGUGCUCAUCCUAGAGCUGGUCUCUGGCGGGGAGCUCUUUGACUUCCUGGCAGAGAAGGAGUCACUGACAGAGGACGAGGCCACUCAGUUCCUCAAGCAGAUCCUGGACGGUGUGCACUACCUGCACUCCAAGCGCAUCGCCCACUUCGACCUCAAGCCGGAAAACAUCAUGCUUCUGGACAAGAACGUGCCCAACCCAAGGAUCAAGCUCAUUGACUUUGGCAUCGCCCACAAGAUCGAAGCUGGGAACGAGUUCAAGAAUAUCUUUGGUACUCCGGAGUUUGUGGCUCCUGAAAUCGUAAACUACGAACCCCUGGGUCUGGAGGCGGACAUGUGGAGCAUUGGUGUCAUCACCUACAUCCUCUUGAGCGGCGCAUCCCCAUUCCUGGGUGAGACCAAGCAGGAGACCUUAACCAACAUCUCAGCUGUGAACUACGACUUCGACGAGGAGUACUUCAGCAACACCAGCGAGCUGGCCAAGGACUUCAUCCGCCGGCUGCUUGUCAAGGACCCCAAGAGGAGAAUGACCAUAGCCCAGAGCCUGGAGCAUUCCUGGAUCAAGGCGAUCCGACGGCGGAACGUGAGACGGGAGGACAGUGGCCGGAAGCCGGAGCGGAGGCGCCUGAAGACUGCCCGCCUCAAGGAGUACACCAUCAAGUCACACUCAAGCAUGCCCCCCAACAACACCUACAUCAACUUCGAGCGCUUUUCCAAGGUGCUGGAGGAGGUGGCAGCGGCUGAGGAGGGCCUGCGCAGCCUUGAGCACAGCCGGCGGCUCUUCCACGAGGACAUCGAGGCGUUGACAGCCAUCUAUGAGGAGAAGGAGGCCUGGUACAGGGAGGAGAAUGAGAGCAUCGGCCAGGACCUGCGGCGGCUGCGGCAGGAGCUGCACAAGACCGAGGCGCUCCAGCGGCAGGCCCAGGAGGAAGCCAAGUGCGCCCUGCUGGGGGCCAGCGGGCUCAAGCGCCGCUUUAGCCGCCUUGAGAACCGCUAUGAAGCCCUGGCCAAGCAGGUGGCCUCGGAGAUGCGGUUUGUGCAGGAUCUGGUGCGCGCCAUGGAGCAGGAGAAGCUGCAGGGUGUGGAGUGUGGCCUCCGCUAGGGCUGCAGGGGGUGGGUGGGCCCAGAGGGUCCUGGGUGGUGGGUGUCCCCUCAGUAGCCCUGGGGCCAGGCCCCUUUGUCACCCUGUUCAGCCCUGGAGAGUCCUUGGGCUGGGGCUGAAGGGGGAAGAGGUGGGCUGGGCUGGCCAGGAAUUGAUGGCUUAGGGGAGGGGCUUGGCCAGCUGUGUCCCAGGAAGCCAAGGCUGAUGUUGCCUCCUAGUCUUCACAGCAUGCCUCCCUCUGGUUGAGCCCCUCCCUCCUGCAACACUGGUGACUCAGGGUGGGGGUGCUUCUGGGGCAGCAUCACCUGCGGAACUGGGAAGUCUCUGUGAGGGAUUGGUGCCUCCAGGAGAACUAGCCACAGUGGACCCAGAUGCCUCAUGCCUGGGUGGUGGGGUGGCAAUCUAUAUCCUGGGUCAGGGGGCUACAUGGCAGUUGGAGCACACAGCAGAGCCUGGUCAGCACCUUUAGGCCCUCCACGCUGGUCCAAGUGCAUGCAGCCUCGGGGAUGGUUUGUGACGGCCUCUGCACGCCCCAGGACUUGGAAUUGGAGGGGCCUCUGCUGGGCAACCCAGCUCCUCUUCUAGAGAUGGGUGGUAACUCCUCCAGGAUCAGUGGAGGUGGCCUCUAAGCCUGGCUAUCCCCAUACUCCAGCCCCUUGCUGGGGCACCCCCCGGCCCUGGACUGGACCCUAGGACCAGAGCUAAGGAGCUAGCCCAGCCCUCGAGGAGGUAGUACUGGGGGGAGCAUGUGGCCAAGUAUGUUGCUUGGAUGCAGUAAAGGAGACAUCUGCAAAGGUUGUGUCUGUUCCCUCCCUGAGGCCCAGGGAGCCCCUGGGCACUGGGUGAGGCAGGUCCGCAGGGGCCAGGGGCCUGGGGACAGAAGUAAAGAACCAUCAUCCAUCCUGGCGCCCUCCUUAGAGGGGCAGGCUAUAGAGCCAUGCUCUCUCUUCACUCCCUCACAAUGCCAGGUUCAGGCUUCCCAUGACACAGUCCCUGCUGUGCCAAAGCCACCAGUUGGGGUCCCACCCCUGCCUCGGUUCCUGGUCCUGCUUCUGCCUCACACUUCUUGGUGGAGACCACGUGGAGUAGUCCAAAAAGGCUGGUGGGCCCAGUGCCCCCUCCCCAGAGAGCCCCAGGGCUCCUUAAACACCUCCCCACCCCGGCUCUGUGCUGCCUUCUGUGGGAAGAAGCCCUUUGACUCUGCCUCUGAUGGUGUUUCUCACACGCAUCUGGCUAGAGCAUCUGGCUAGAAACCCUCGGGGGACUGCUGCCCUGGACCUGAGGGGUUAAGGGGGUUGCAGCGGACAGUGCCGUCGUGCGCCACUAGGUGCCGCCCUUGAGCAGGGUCUGCGCUUCAAUGAAACAGGUCCCUAGCUGGUGGCCACUCAGCUUGGAGUUGUCUGCUGCAGGUUGGGUUAAGUGAGGGACACCUGUGCUGACACCCCUCUCAACCCCCCCCCCCCAGUCUAGCUGAAUGGAGGGAGGAACCAGGCUGGCAGGACUGGGACUGGUAUUCCUGCUGAGGCCACUGGCUCGGGGCUCAGGCAGGACUUUGGGACCUGGCUGUGGGGUCUGGCAGAGGGGUCUUUUGUCAUGUGCAGGCCCAUCUCAGGUCUGGGGUGGGACUCCCUGUAUCUCCCUCUGCAAGCUCCAUUGUAUCAUGUAUGCAUGCCUCUGCAAGCAUGUGCGAGCCCAAAGGAAAUAAAGCCCAGAUUCUGACAUCCA